AUGGCAAUGAAUACAGUGGAGUCAUUAGUAGAAUCAUUCAUAAAUUCUGGAGGAAUUUGCGUAAUAUCAAAGAGUUAUUGUCCAUAUUGCAUAAAAGUAAUAAACAGCUUAAAGGGUGCUGGUUACUCACCUUCGAUUUUGAACAUAGAUGGCAGGGCAGAUGCUGAAGAAAUCCAGAAUUAUUGCGGAAAAUUAACUGGGGGCAGAACAGUUCCAAGAGUAUUUGCUAGUGGAAAGUUCAUUGGAGGGUGUGACGAUACCGUAAAACUGUUAGAAAAUGGUUCAUUACAAAAUUUUGUUAAGGGAAUUUAG